UUGAUGCCGUGACCCGCGCGCACAUCUUCAAUGCAGGCAGCUACCACACACACGAUGAAUGCCGUCGGAAGUGCAGUAGGGAGCUGGCAAUAACUGGCACGCUCUACGCACCACCACACAACUGCAGCCACGGAGACCAGCCCGUCCUUACUGAUGCUAACCGCACCCGAGGUUGUCCUACCCCGUCAGCAUGGAUCCACGCAGCGUAAAUGUGCAGGGCCGCAGCAGUGAUCGGAGCCCGGAUCCAAUGCUUGAAGGAGAAGGGCCCCGAUCUACUGCGGAACGGCGCGGCGCGUGGACCAACGGCAGGACAGGCACGGCCCAAGGAGCGCAGAGAGGGCCCCGAGAAGGGCCCAAGAGGAGGAGGAGCCAUUGGCACCUCGAGAAAUGCUGCUUGGCAUCGUACCCAUCCUUCCCGUGCCCAUCUCGCUCGUGCCGGAAGGCCAGGCCGACGGACGAGAAAAGAGGCUCCCAGGAUCGCCCUCCCGAGACGACGGUACCGAGGACGGGCACGGGAGAGAGGGAGCCGAGCCCGCGCGUGCAGGUGCACGGCACGCGGCCGCCCCACGCGGCGCGCCCCCCCGGAGCGGGGGGGGGGCGUGCCGGCCCGCGGCCCGUGCUGCGGGCUGGCGCUGGAGGUCGGUGCGCGGCAGCGGGGAGCAAACACGGAGCUCUGGCGCGCAGGGGCCAGAGCCGAAAAUCGGGAGCACAAAUACUUAAACAGGCUCCGGUCGCGGGGCGCCAGCCCCGCAUGCACAAGGCAAGCCGGCACGGCGGAAGGCCCAUGCGAGUCGCUGCCCCUCUGGCUCUUCCACGCUCACUGGCGGGUCUGCGAUGGAUCGGAUCCCUCAAUCACGUCUACUGUGAGGCGCCAUCGGGAGCUGGACGUCGCAUGGACCUCUGUCGAGGAAGGAACAACGAGGCCAUCAUAUGUAUAAACGCCGGCCGCGGGCGGAGAGGCGCUGGGGCCGCCGCACCGCGGGGCCGAGCGCGAGGGGCCCGGGCGAGGCGCCGCGCCCGCUCUCCGCAGGGGAGGGCGCCCCGCGCCGGGCCGCCCCCCCCGCUUGGUGGCACCGAAUUGGGCGGCGAGGGCGGGGAGGGCGAGCGCCGCCUGCGCAGGCCCACCUCCCGGGGGGGCUCCCAGCUCCGCGCAGCGUCGCGGGCGCGAGGAGCUUCGCGCUCUCCCGCGCCGCCCGCC